GAGGGAGGAGGCCGUGCAGAAUAGAAGGGUGUAGAUUUAGAUUUUGUAUCUCACUAAAAACGAGUAUAGUCGUUACCCUUAAAGUGUUUCUUUAACAGUUUUCCAUCAAAAUGUUUUAACGUCAACAAUUGUGGUGGCACUACUGCUGUUGAACAAACAUAACUAUCUGGCGGCGAGGAGAUGUCUCUGUCCACGAGGAUUCGCGGAUACACCGCCUGGACCAACCUGCGCAUGGCGGCAUCUGGUUGCAAUGGUCUCCAACGUGCUCGCUGAAGCUCUUCACUGGGACCAACCUCCGAGCUCUACUCCUGAGCCUGGCUGGUCAUGCGCCACAGAGGUUGCAGGGCCUGGAUGGGCUUACAGAGCAGCAGAAGGAGACGCGGGCCCGUUGGUUUGUGGAGGAACUCAAGCGGGCCGGGGUGGUGGCAGCCGACACUUCGAUAGACGCUCGCAUGUUUGCCCUGGGCAGCAACGAACAUGUGUUUGACUUGUUUUGGGACCUUGUGGCACGUGACAUCUGGUUCACGUGGGAGAGGUCCUGCCACCUGCAGCUCGAUGACGAUGAGGCACUCUGCUCCAUCCCCUUCAAGUGGACACCCAGAGUCCCUGCUACGAACAGAAGUUUAGGGUCGCUGAGCUCCGGAGAGAGUAAUUCUCUCCUGCGAGGCACCUCUGGGUUUGAAAGCCUGCCAGGACAUAGCCUGGGCUCUUCCCCUAAAACCUCCUUCAACAUCCCUCCAGAGUCUGAGCCAUUUCCAGGUCAUGAGGAGGCUCAAAGGUACAACACGAAGCUUCCCAAGGGAGGCCGUGAACACUACCCAUCACCGGAGAAAUGCAUCCUCAGCAUGGUCAACGCUCACCUUAAGGUGGAGGCAGAGGGUAGGCAGGGGCUGUUGGUCUCUUGUAUGGAGGACCUGCUGAACUCUGCAGUGCUCUGUGGCCUGGUCAACAUCUUCAUCCCUGAGACGCUCCCCACUGAGCUCCUUCCCAAUGACCGAUGGACGAUGAACUUGGCUCUGAGGACAAUGGAGGAGAUGCUUCACAUCUCCACUUCUUUUGCCCCCGAAGACCUGGUCGAGGCUGACCCUGAGGCCGUGUGCGCUUACUUCUGCUUCCUCUUCAUGGGCGGGUACAGGCUGAGGCAGAACGUGGCCGUGGCCCGCCGCAAGGGCUCGCUUGUGCACAAGCUCAGCUACUGCGAGCAUCGGCUUGAGUCAGUGCCCGUGCACACCGAGGAGCCGGGUGACCUGCAGAGCAGACUCCAGCUCCUCGCAGAGUCCGGCAAACACCAACGAGAGCUGGACUGGCUGGAGAGCACCUACCCGACGGGAUUGUGCGAGGAGUUGGCGAAGCAUGUGAAAACCGUUCAGCGGGACACAAGGAGGAUCAUUGCCCGCAAAGCAGACAUGAGAUUUGAGGUCAUCACUGUGCCCCGGGCGAUGACGGUGGCUGACCUCUCCUUGACCCUAGCCGUGGACCUAUCAUCCAGCUUCGGCUUCUGCUGUUGCACCGCCACGGAGAGCUGCCCCCCGGACCGUCGCAUAGUCCUCCGCCAAAGAGACACCGGACGAUUCUUUGACAGUGUCUCCAAAAACAAGAAACGAGUGUUGAUUAGGAAGAUGCUGAAGCUGCCGCUUUUUGGAGCAGUGGACCUGAACCCUGCACACCACCCACUGGUAUGAUGUGAGUAUCGUUGGCUUGGGAAUCAUGUGGGGACACACAUUUAAGCUCAAGCCCAGUGCUUUAUCAAGUGGGAUCACUGAGCUGCUUUGUAGAUGAUGCCUCUUCCUUUUCUC